AUGGGCGGCUGCGUAUCCACCGCCGACCGCUCCGGCAAAGAACACUCUGACGAGAUCGACCGCCAGCUCGAGGAGGACUCGAAGAGGUUUAAAAGGGAGUGUAAGAUUUUGUUGUUAGGCUCCGGCGAAUCCGGAAAAUCCACCAUCGUCAAACAAAUGAAGAUCAUCCACCAAGACGGUUUCGCGCCCCACGAACUCGCCGAGUUCCGUCCGGUGAUAUACAAGAAUGUGAUUGACUCGGCGCAGCAGGUUGUGGUGUAUAUGAAGAAGAUUGGGAUGGAGUGUGUUGAGUUUUCGAAUCGGGCCCUCGCCGAAAAAAUCCUCGACUUCCGGCUCGACACAUCCGCGGGCACGCAACCUUACUUCCCGACGGAAAUUGCAGAAGCGAUCUCGCAGCUCUGGAAAGAUCCCAUUAUACCCAAGAUUAUGGACGAGCAUUCGAGUGAUUUUUAUUUGAUGGAUAGUGCUGCUUAG